AUGGCGUUCGUCCCCAGUCCCAUCGUGGCACCCGGUGUCCAUGGCGUGUCCCAUGGCGCGGUGCGCCCCGGUGCGGCCUCCGCCUCUGGCGCCUCCGGCGCCUCCGGCGGCUCCGCCGGCGCCCUGAAGGGCGCCGGCAGUGCGACGCUGGCAGCGCUCACGGCGCGGGGGAAACGGUGCACCGCGCGACGCGCGGAGAGGGCCAAGGCGGUGGCAACGGAGGAAGAUGAGGAUGUGGGCUAUCGCAGUGCAACUCCCCGCGAGCGCCAGUUUGGCAUGUACGAGGGCCGUCGGCGAUCGAAUACGGGUCAGGCUGUAGAGCUUCCCUUGUCUCAGCUGCAUGUCGUGGCGGCGCAACGGCAGUUGCCGAUGCUGCUGGAAGCUGUACCUGGUAGGGACCCAUCUGAGGCGAUUGCUGCAUGGUCAGAGCUGCUGGCCUGUUGCCAAGCUCAAGCCCCGGAACUGCUCGCGACCUGGAGUUGUGGCAUUGGACCCUUGCUACGCUUGGCUGUGGCGGUGCCAAAGGAGCACUGGCUCCGAGACCCACAGGACUUGUGGUGUGAGGACAAAACGGUCCCGGUGAAGAUGGAUGGACCCGAGGGACCAUUGAUAGGCGUAGAAUCGCUUCCAAAGUUGGAGAAGCUCAUUCGCCAUUUGCUUGCGAAGUACGACGAUGCCCCCAUGUUGCUGGCCAGCGGCUUCAUCUGGAACGAUGGAGCUGGUGGUACUCUUAGAGAGCAUGAUGGACGAGAGGUGGUGCUGUGCAGCGCUGCGGGGAUGGACCUCUGUGUUCGCUUCAUGCAACUCUUUCGGGAGGUGUGCCAGGGAACGCGCAAGCCGGUGGCAGCCGCGCAGGACCUGCUUAGUCCCACGUUGACCAAGAAGAUGGUGUCGGCACUGCUGGCUGCUGAGAGCAACCAACGGCUGCCCUUCCCCGCACCUGUGGAAGUUCCAGAUUCAGCACGGCAUGUGCAGCCAAUAGAGGUGACGCUCCAGGGUCCCUUGAUGGCCCUGCGUCGCGCCCAGCUUCAGAGCCUGGGCUCGGCACCGGCGGAGCUGACGGAGGCGCUGGCCACGACGCGGCUGGCGAAGGACCUCGGGGAUGAGGAGCUGGAAGAAUUUGCUUUGGAUCUCAUGGCCUGGCUCUCGCGCUUCGGGGAGGAGUUUGAAGACAGCAACGCUGGACUCUGCGUUGAGUGGCUGCUGUCACAACGUGCUUUGGAUCCCAAGUUCUCCUUGGUGGUCAGCGGCAAUCCCCGGGCUCCCAAGAAGGUCUUGGCCGCCGCGAAACGGGACGCUGCGACCUUGGAACUGGAACGCUUGCAGCAGAGUGGUCAGCGCUUCCUGCCCAAUCCCGCUGGGAUCAAGGGCUUUGUGAAGCGUGGCGUCAUGGCACCCUUUGGCUCGCCCUACGAGAACGAAAGCGGUGCCAGUUGGGUUCCAGAACGCUUGCGCGCGCUGGUGGGUGAGGCCAGCCUGCUGCGUGAGCCCAGUCCUCCCAACAGCUGGCAGGGCGAUGACUACGAGCCUUGCGCAGCUGAGGAGCGCUUCCUCAAGGAUCCGCAGCAGCUGCGAAAAGCCACCGUGCGGAUCGAUGAGAUCCUGAGCUUCGAGUAUUUGCAACAUGUGGGGCAAACCAUGAGGAAUUGCCUCCGCGUGGAGAGGAGAGGAGGCAUGAGUCUCAUGAAGUACUUGAGCCGAGUCAAAGCAAGAGAAAGCAGCUUCUGGGUGAUGACCAUCACUGCUGAGGAGGAGAAAGACGAUGAGGAGGUUGCACCUGUGCAGCACAUGCUUCUGAUGGAGGUCUACAACGGCUUGAAUGUGAUCCAUCAAGCUGAGGGGCCCCAUCCAAGGCGUUGGCCACGUGCCGAUGCCUGGCGUUGGUUGCAAGAGUGGGCUCAGCAGGAAGGUUUACGUCCAGAUGGCCCAGAGGGUGUCACGGUGGGCCCCUAUGGCAGCUACGACGGUCGCAUGGACCGCUGGGACAUUCGCCGCUGCUUUCUGUGGAUGCGACAGGAUGCGACAGGUGCGACAGCUGGCAAUGCCGAGACUGAGACUUUGCGUUCGCUUACUCGACGUAGCUGCCCUUUUGAAGCUCAAACACCCGAGCUGCUGCCGGUGAAAACAGAGAAGGCGGCCGCUUGCUACGUGGACGAGGAUGUUGUAGAAGGGGAAACGCCUCCACCGAAAGAGGGUAAGAGAGAUGAACCUCAAAGAGGUACCCCUGCAAGGAAUUCCAAUCAGGGUUCAGGUGCCAAAGCGUUGUUGCCGCCUACACAACCUCCUCCUGAUCCUCCUGCCCUUUCUCUACGUCAAGAGGUGGUGAACUCCCUUGAGAAGAAUACGCCCGCCGACAAGGGUGAAGGCAACUUCAAUGGUGGACCUUUAAUGAGGGAGAUUGCAACUCCCCCUGAACAACAAGCAGGAGAUGAUGCAACCCAAGUGCAAGGGCAAUCCAUGGCACCUCCGUUGUUCACCGAGGAGCAGCUGAGAAACUUUGCUGCACUGCAGGGACAAGCCGCAUGGAUGUAUGGGCCCCAACAGUCGUUUUUCAAUCCAAUUGGUUUUUCACGUCCUUCAUUUUUGGAUGGAGAUGCAGCCAGAGCUUCAGUGAGUCAACAUGAAAGAGACAUGGAGUUUCUGAGAAUGCAAGCAGUGAGAGACCGAGAGGAGAAAGACGAAUGUAGAAGGCAGAUUCAACUGUUGGUAGAAGAGAACUGUCAGUUGAGAGCCAGGUUUGAAAGUGCUAGCAAGAUGCAGACUGAGGAUGAACCUAGGUUUGCGACUCCUGAGGAACAGCCGGAUCAGACCAGCCCAGGUUUCGACAUGGAUGUGGAUUGGUUGAAGCGGCGAAAGGAGGCUGACAGACCCCCAUCAAAGGAGGCUGACAGACCUCCAUCAAAGGAGGCCGACAGACCCCCAUCAAAGGAAGCUGCCAGACCCCCAUUCCUACCUGAGGCUGCAGAGUUCAAAACCCCCAAGGAGGCUGCCAGACCCCCAAAGGUGGAAGCAUCACAGCGUCCCCAAGAAGAAGGAAGCCGAGGUGCACCUGGUGGAGGGAAUGCGCAGUUCACUGAGAAAUCUUUGGAGUUCAUGGUGAUUAUGAUGGAAACUAUGAAGGACCUACACAAGAAGGUCAACGAGACAAAGGAUGAGACUGGCAUGGUUCGAGGAGUUGAGAUUGUGAGGUCCGGCACUCCUGACCUGCCGGUGUUGACCCCCUGGUCACCAAGCCAGGGUCCCCUCCAGUUGGGAGAUUGGCUUCUGACUGUGGAGCCGAUCAUAGCUGAUUUGUCAGCAACUUCAGAAGUGUGGUGGUCGCUGAUGGUGAAGUCUGCAGAGCAGUGGUACCAGAAGCACAUGAUGAUGCCCCCACUAGAUCGAGUUCAACAUGAAGUUCAACCGCCCCCAGAGGUCACCUUGGAAAAAUGGUCCAGGUUGGAAAGAAGAACGGCAUCGAUGCUGCUUCAAUCUGUGCCGGAGGUGGUCAAGGAGGAGUUGGUUUCAGCUCGACGGCUGAGCGUUUUUGGGAUUUUGACGCAACUGCUGUUGACGUAUUGCCCAGGUGGUGUCUUGGAGAAGCAGACAUUGCUGAGAAGUUUGGAGGAGCCAACAGAGGUCACCACGGUGGGCGAGGCUCCUGCUGCAAUACGUCGGUGGCUACGUUGGAAGCUGCGGUCCCAGGAGAUCGGUGCAGUGACCCCAGACCCGGCACUGUUGUUGAAAGGUCUGAACAAGUUAACACGCCGAGUCCUGGAGUCCAACAAAGAACUACAAUUCAGGGUCAGCCUGGCCCGAAAUUCCCUUGGUGUGGAUACGAGGCCGACCGACACCACAGUCAGCCAGUUUGCCACGCACCUUUUGGCUGAGAUCGAACAAGUUGCUCUUUCCGAAAAGAGGGCCACUGCUGCGAUGCCAAAGGGCGAGGUGAAGAUCAAAUACUUGGACGCAGACAAGAACAAGCCAAAGACUAAAGAGAGGUCAAAAGGCGCUUCUACCGAAACAAGCCCCAACAAGCCGAGGGUUGCCAAGGCCGAGGGGGAGGAGCGCAAUGUGACUUCACCAAUGAAGGAGUCAGAGACUGGAAGCCAAUCUAGUCAAGGGGAGGCAGUGAAGGACUUGCUGGAGGAGGCCAACCGGAUGUUGAAGUCUCUGUCGAGCUCUUCCAACACUAUUGCUUCUACAACCUCUUCGACGUCUGAAGAAGAGCGAAAAGAUGUGAUGGAGCGCCUUCAUCAGCAGCUGAAGUCGAUGAAGACGUUCAAGAUGAAGAGACUCAAUGUUGGGAACGACGUUGGACUUGUGGAUUCAGGUGCAACACAUCCACUUCGUCCUAGACAUGAAGGCGAGAAUGUGGAUUUGUACCCGGUGGUGGAGGUGGCAUUGGCAGAUGGAAGGACGGUGAGGUUGAAGAUGUCCCCUGGAGGUGCUAUGAUAUCACCUUCACCUGCCAUCGAGCCUAUCAUCCCCAUGGGCUUGUUGUCGCAGAAGCUGAACUGUGACAUUUCCUGGAAGCAAGGAUCUAUGCAGAUCCACCAUCCUCUGAGAGGAGAAAUCAAGGUGAUGAUGAAGGGAAGUUGCCCCCAUGUUGCCAGAUCUGAGGCUUUGACGUUGAUUGCGGAGCUGGAGGACAUCAAGAUGGGCAUUCCCAAUGAGAUUGGAAGUUUUGAUGCGGAAGUGGCAUGGCUGAGAAAGCUGGUGUCGCAACAUCCAGUGCUGUCUUCACUCCCAGAGCACAUCAAGGAGCGGCUGGUGGUGGAGCCUGGAACUUGGUCUGAUCUUCCAGGCAACAGACACUCAAGAAAGCGCUGGAAGAGGAGUGGCUUAGCAGUUCAUUUGUAUGCUGGGCCAGAAACAGGGUUCACUUUGCGGCAUGCCAUCAAACAGCUGGGUGGUUCUGUCGAUGCCUUGUUGGAAGUUGAUGUUCAACGAGGAGAACAACAUGACAUGCUGCCGAUUCGCCGCUGGGGAGGUGAGGAGUUUGGUAUUCAUGAUGCAACAGAAGAGGAGAAACAGAAGCUUCAUGAAGACGAUGUUUUGAUGUGGCGUUUUUGGUUUUUGUACAUGGUUGCAGUGUACAUGAGAAGGGCCAGAAAGGUUGAGACCGAAGUGACCGUCUCUGUGGAGCAGCCAGCAACCCCCAAGGAGUUCAUGCCGGAGGUGGUGAGUUGGUGGGAUACAAAAGAAUGGGCAGAGCUGGCACGAGAGUUCAGCUUUGAGGAAUCAACUUUCAAGCAGGGUGAGCUUGGUGGUCUGACCCCGAAGCCAACGACGUUUGGUGGGAACUUGGAGCUCUACGCAGAGAGCUCACAACAAUGCCCGCCUCAUCGACUGGUCAAGGACCCAAUUGCUGGAGUGCUUUCAAUCGACACAGCUGGUCCACUGAAGCCUGCUUAUGAUUUGGGUGGGCACAUGGCAAGGUAUUUUUUGGUUGGAGUUUUGACCUGGAGGGUGCCAAAGGGGAGUGACAAGAUGCAGAACCCCCCUGAAGAAGCAGCUUCUGAAGGAGCUCCGGAGAUUGAAGAAGGAGCUGAGGAUCCAGUUCCACCGGGUGAGGACGGAUUGGAAGCUGAGGAGUUGCUUCCAGCCCAGCUCCCUGGUGAAGCGCCGGCUGAAGGAGAGCCUGGCGACGCCCCUGGUGAGGACGGGUUGGAAGGUCAUGCAGAUCUUCCAGUCCAGCUCCCAGGCGAGGCGUUUGGACCCCCAACUUUGGAUGAGGUCACAGAGUUGAGAAGGUUCAGAAUGGCCUUGCCAAUGGGUUCCAAAAAGGCGAGAGAUGUGGUGAACACGGUGAUGGAGUUCGUGUUGCGGCUGCGGACGGAAGGGUUCCAUGUGGGCCGCAUCCAUUCAGACCAAGGUCAUGAGUUUGCUGGCGAGUUCAAAACAUGGGCCCGACAGCGUGGGAUCUACCUCACCAAAACACCAGGUGAUGAUCCAGCCGCAAACGGCAGAGCUGAAAUGGCGGUGAAGGACUUCAAGAACCAGAUCCGCAGAACGUUGAGGCAGGCCAGUGAAGAUGCGAAAUGGUGGCCAUGGGCUUUGAGGUACGUCAAUGAGGUGUACCGAUGUGUCCGGAUGGAGACAAGACCAAGUUGGCCAAGGUUUUUGGAAGAAGUAAGAGUCCGAAAGCGGACAUGGAGGCGGGAUGACCUGGACCCCAGAGUGGAGAAGGUUCAGUAUCUAUGCCCUUCAGUGGAAAACCAUGGUCAUUGGGUGAUCAAAGAAGGCGAAGCCCCACGCCUUACGCGCUACAUUUUGGCGCCCACCACUGAGCCGGAGGAUGAGACGGUUUGGAUUGCGGUGGAAAGAGAAGGGCGAGAUGCACAAGAACAGCGACGCCGAAUCAGAGGCAGAUCAGCAGUGAGGAGAAUGGAUGCCUCAGUUGCAGAUCCUGAGGAGGUGCUGGAAGAAAAGGAAAAGGCUGAAGUUCAAAGAUUGAUGAAGGUGGUGGAGGAUGAGAUGCAGUCCAUCAUCAACGACGACCCAGAUCUGGCCGCCGAGGAAGUCAGAAUUUUGGGAAGGCUGAGAAAAAUGGCUGAAGUGAAGGAGGAUGGAGAUGAGAUCCUUCAAACAAAGGUCAUCUCACCAAAGGAGGUGGUCAGAAACUGGUCGGAGUGGAUCCCAUCAGUGAGAAGCGAGGUGGAGUCCCUGACCAUUGAGAAGGCAGCCUUGAAGGAGCUGUCAAAGGAUGAAGUCAAAGCGUUGAAGAAGAAGGCAGAAAAGGAGGGUAAGAAGUUGGAGAUCAUACCUUCCAAACUGGUGUUCACUGUGAAACCUUCCCCAGACCACAAAGAAGGGAAAAAGAAAACCCGGUGGGUUGUUUGCGGAAACUAUGAGGAGAAGAAAGAGGGGGAGGAAAACUACUCAGGUGGUGCAGAUGCCACAUCUUUGAGGUUGUUGGCAUGGAUUGCAUCCCGCAUGAAGUGGGCCGGAUGCAUCCUGGAUGUCAGAACUGCUUUCCCCAACGCGCAGAUGGAACAGGAGCCGGAUGAGGACCUUCUUUUGGUCCAGCCACCCCACAUCUUGAAGGAGAUGAAGUUUCUGGACCCGGACACACUGUACCUGCCAUUGAAGGCAGUGUACGGCUUCAGGCGCUCACCAAAGCUUUGGGUUCUUCAUCGAGACAAAACGAUCAAGACCUUUGACAUCAAGGUGGUCAUUGAUGGCCGCUGCGAAAGCCUGGAGCUGAAGCCGAUGGAGUCAGAGCAGAACCUAUGGAAGGUGGUUGUGGUCAGAGGAGGCUUCCAAGAGGCAGAAGGAGAAUGGAUCUCAAACGGCCGAGUCAUUGGCCUUGUGAUGACGUAUGUCGACGACAUUUUUAUCGUCGCCGAGAAGCAGGUGGCGAAGUCAGUUGCUCAGAAGUUUCAAGAGACCUGGGCGACCACACAACCGGAGUGGGUUGGCGAGACACCAGUGAGGUUUUUGGGCCUGGAGGUGACUUGCCACCAAAUCGAGGGGGAGGAGAAGGUCCAAUGGUGCCUUUCACAAGAGGCAUACAUCAAAGACUUGCUUGGGCGCUAUGAGGAGGAGGGAAAACCACGAAAGCUCCCUAUCACUCGUGACCAAGCUUCGAUGCCUCCAGAUGUGAUUCCCCCUUCGCCAGAAGGAGUCAAGUUUUCCCAGAAGGUCAUCGGCGAGUUGCUUUGGCUGGUGACCCGAAGCAGACCAGAUUUGAUGUUUGGAGUUUCCAGGAUGGGGGCCAACGUUUUGAAGGCCGCCAACUGCAUCAAGGACACAGCAGCACAAAUGAGGUCCUAUCUCAGGAGAACUGCAGGUGAGGGCCUACAGUACAAGCAGAAGAUCGAUGACCCGAUCACGCUGUAUGUCUACUCAGACUCCAGCUUUGCACCCGAAGCAGAUGAGUCCCAUGGAUCGUUUGUGGUUAUGGUGAACGAUGGGUUGAUGUUUUGGAGAAGCGGCAGGCAGGGCACAAUCACCUUGAGCACGGCCGAGUCAGAGUUGAUGGAGCUCGUUGAGGCGAUGAUUGCCGGCGAGUCAGUUUACGUCGUGCUGGCAGAGCUGUUUAGUGAAAUCUCAAAGGUGGCAUUGUGCGAUUCGCAAGCUGCACUGGCCAUUUUGGUUGCUGAGGGCGGAAGCUGGAGGACAAGACACCUCAGGCUGAGGUGGGCGUUUGCUCGCCAAUCUGUGCUGCGUGGUGACUGGCAGGUGGGUCAUGUCCCUGGUGAGAAGAUGUUGGCGGGCCUGGGCACAAAAGUUCUGACCUCAUCGAGGAUGGAAACUUUGAAGCAGAUGAUGGGCAUGGGAGUUGCUCAGCCCGAAGAAAAAGGUGUUGAAAUGGAGAAGGAUGAGAAAAAAGAAAAGGAGAUCAAGACCGACUCAAAAUCGGUCGCCACCAUGGCCGUCAAGCUCAUCACGAUGGCGGCCUUGUUGUCAGUGUCAAAGGCUCAAGGAGAUGAAGAAGACGAUGAACCAGCAGGUGACUUCCACAACUUUAUGGUCAUCUACACGGUGCUGAUCAUUCUGACCACGCUGAUGGUCCAAAUCCUGUGGAAGGUAGGAGUAGGCGCAUUGGGCAAAAACUGGAAAAGAAGGUUUUUUACCCGUGGCCGAAGUCUCCCCAUGGGUGAGGAAACGUCAGUGGCAGAGGGUCGAGCAUGUGCUGAGGUGUGCGGACCCGUGGAAAGACCACGGCAUCUGCCCUCGGCUGCUGGGUCGUCAAACCAGCCAAGCCCCGCUGAGGACGGGUUGGGGAUGGAGGAGGGAUCCCCAGUCCAGCUCGCGGUGGCUGAGCAGCGACGCGCCGGUGAGGGCGGGUUGGGGCAGAGGGCCUCAGUCCAGCUCCCAGCUUCGGCUGGUGAGGGCGGGUUGGAGGGUCAUGCUGAUCCUCCAGUCCAGCUCCCGGCUGCGCCUGCAAAAGCUCCCCCGCCAAAGGAGGGACCAAAGGCCCCGUCAAAAGCGGGCCAAACACCAAAGGCCCCACCAAAAGCGGGCCCAAAACCAAAGGCCGCACCACAAAGUGGCCCAUCAGCUUCCAGCUCCUCAAGUGGAAGCACAUCAAGCAGUAUGACAGGCCGAAUUGAGACGGCGAUUCAAGACAUUGCGUAUGAAGAGGCAACCCUGUGGGACCAUUUUGGGAGGCAGGGCGACUUUCCAGGAGUGCCAGAAGAUCAUAGCAGAGCAGAACUUGGAUUUCAGGUGUUGAGGACGCCAUGUGGAACAGUGUAUCACGAUACACGUGGAUGCACCCAGCUUCAAGGACCACGAACUGGCUAUGCGAGACCGUUCACAUGGUGUGCCUUGUGCCGAGAGGUUGCGAUGCGCACCCGUGGAAGACCAAUCCCUGGAAGUCCGCUGCUUUUGCGAAUGGGCGAUCAGACCGUCCAUACUGAUCGAAGAUGCCCGAGAGCACGAGAUGCUACGGAGCUGAGAGGAUGCAUGUACUGUACAGAGUACAAUGGGUAG